CGCUUCCGCUCGCCAUGGAGGACUCGGAGGAGGCAGGCAACCCCGAAAGAGAGCCUCUGCUGGCGACGCCGCCGACGGCGGCUCCCAGCGGCUCCCGAGGGCUACGUCGCCUCUACUCGGGCGGGGACGGUGCUGCCCCGGGCGACAGAGGAAACGGCGGCGGCUCCGAGGCCUCCUGGUCUUCCCCGGGCGGGAACGUUGCCGAUGACCAAAAUCCCUACUUGAACCAAGCCGUAGUGUUCAUUGAAGAUGCAAUACAGUAUCGUUCCAUAAAUCACCGUGUGGAUUCUUACUCCUUGUGGCUUUAUCGGCGGUAUUACUCAGAAGUUUGCCAAUGGAUUUUGAUUGCCACCAUUACACUAAUCCUGGCUCUUGCUUUCAUCGAAACGCCUUCUUCACUUACUGUCACGUCGGACGUACGAUACCGCUUGGAACCCUGGGAGCCUCCAUGUGGCUUGACGGAGAGCAUUGAACUACUUUGCUUCCUUGUCUUUAUAGCGGAUGUCUCUGUAAAGAGUUACCUAAUAGGAUGGGAAGAGUUUCGGAAAACCAAGUGGUUGAUGGCAUAUAUCCUGGUGCUAAUCAUCUCCCUUGCAGACUGGACUGCUUCACUGAGUUCUUCCUGUGGUGAGAGUCUGAGAAUAAGGCGAAUCCUCCGUCCUUUCUUCCUCCUUCAGAACUCUUCAAUGAUGAAAAAGACACUAAAAAGCAUCAAGAGGACAUUGCCAGAAAUUACAAGUGUUAUGCUGCUUUUAGCUGUUCACCUGUUUCUCUUUACCAUGUUUGGCAUGCUGCUGUUUGCUCGAACGAAGGAUGCUCAGCAGGACAAGGAAUGGCAAGGAUAUUUUCACAACUUGCCAGAUUCAUUAACUUCCCUGCUGGUACUGCUGACAACUGCAAACAAUCCAGAUGUGAUGAUUCCUGCCUACUCUAAGAAUCGAGCAUAUUCCAUCUUCUUCAUAAUCUUCACUGUAAUUGGGAACUUAUUUCUGAUGAACUUGCUGACAGCAAUAAUAUACAAUCAGUUUCGUGGCUAUCUUCUGAAAUCUGUUCAAUCCUCACUUUUCCGAAGGCGCUUAGGAAUCCGGGCUGCGUUUGAAGUUCUUUGUUCUCUGAAGGAGACUUCUCUCAAUAAGAACAUCUUGCGUGUCCAGUCGGAGACUCUAGCUCAAGUUCUUCAUAGAGUAAAAAUGGAUCCUGACUGCAAGGAAACAAUCAUUAGGAACCUUGAGUUGUGUCCCCCAGGAGGUCUGACCGCUGCUCAGUUUCAGUUACUGUUUGAUGAACUGGACAAACACAAAGUUAAAGAGCGUCCUCCCAGGCCAGAUUAUCAGUCGCCUUUCCUACAGAGAAUCCAAAUUGUCUUUGGUCACCAUUACUUUGGCUAUUUAGGGAAUGCUGUUGCUGUAGCAAACGUUUUGUCUGUGUGCGUGGUCAUGGUACUAGAUGCAGAUAAGCAACCUGCUGCACGGGACGACUUUUUUUUAGGGGUUAUAAACUGUGUCUUCAUUUUCUACUACCUCCUGGAAAUGUCAUUGAAAAUUCUAGCACUGGGAUUAAAAAGAUACAUAUCUUACCCAAGCAACAUAUUUGAUGGCCUUCUGACUGUAGUUCUGAUGGUUUUGGAGGUGUCGACAUUUGCUGUCUAUGGAUUUCCUCAUCGAGGCUGGAGACCUGAAAUGUUGGGCUUGCUUUCUCUGUGGGACAUGGUUCGCCUGGCAAACAUGCUGAUUGUGUUCAGAUUUCUGCGUAUCAUCCCUAACAUAAAGUUCAUGUCCUUAGUUGCCAGUACACUGUUGGACCUUGUGAAAAACAUUAGAUCUUUCGCAGGGAUCUUGGUGGUGGUUUUCUAUGCAUUUGCAAUAGCAGGGAUGGAGCUGUUUAGGGGUGCCAUUACUCCCAUGGGCAGCAUCAGCGGUGUCAAUGCAACAAAUGGCACUUUGCAGUGUGGCACCUUUGAACAGCUGCAGUAUUGGCCAAACAACUUUGAUGACUUUGCGGCAUCCCUGGUGACUUUGUGGGAUGUGAUGGUUGUGAACAACUGGCAGGUUUUCUUGGAUGCAUAUUCCAGAUACUCAUCUCCAUGGUCAAAAUUAUACUUUGUCUCCUGGUGGCUGAUUUCCUCUGUCAUCUGGGUCAAUCUGUUCAUUGCUUUGCUUCUGGAGAAUUUUAUCCAUAAAUGGGACCGUCUCUGCCAUCGACCAUCUCUCUCCGAAGUUGAAUACCAGAUGACAAUGGAACUCAUGUUCCGAGAUGUUUUGGAAGAACCUACAGAGGAAGAGCUGAUUGAAAAACUUCACCAGCACCCACAUAUGCAUCUAUGUAGAUGACACAGGUGGAAGCAGAAGUUUCUCCUAGUCAUGCCUGCAUGCAGGUUUUAUAGCAGAAGGAAAGAUAUCGGAAAUCUUUCUGAAAGAAGUACAGUACUCUGUAUCUUUGAUUUUAUUUUUGAAUGGUGCCUGUAGUACAUGGUCUUUAAAGGUUUGUUUUAAAUGGUUCAUUUAAAACAUUUUUUUAAAAAAUCCUCAUUUGACUUUAUUUUAAGUUGACUUUUAUAAGCUUAUGGCACUGUCACAUUAAAAAUACGGGACUUUAAAAAUCUGGGAAAUAAUGUGACAGAGCAAUUAAGUAUUUUAAAGAAGGGAACUGCAUUAAUGACACGGCACUUUAGAAUGGAAACUGUGGAAGAUGUAGAACUACUACGCUGGCUUGUUGCUGGAAUUUGAAAACAUAAACUUGGACUUAGUUGGACUUAGCUUUUUCUGUUAUUUUUGUGCAUGUGAUGUGCCACGGACAAUGCCUUGAUAACGGGGAAAGUUCUUGGAAAAAUAGCAUCUUUUUAAAAAGUAAACAAUGCAAAAGCUGAGGAUUGAAACAAGAUGCCAUUAUCCUGGGAAUUCUUUUCCAAUAUCAUCUGCUCCAAAGUGGUAAAUCUAUGACUGUGUAUACGCACAUCAAAAACACAUUCUUCUCCAAAAUUCUAGGUGCUGUAGUUUACCCCUUACAGAGCUGCAUUUCCUAUCAUCGAUGAAUGAACUAUAGUGCCCAGAAUUCUUUGAGAGGAAAAUAGGCUUUGAAUGUGCUUUAAUGGUAAAGUGUAUAUGCAGCCUAGGUUAGAAUGAAGAAUAUUGCAGUGCCAGUACAGCAUCUUCAUAGCAAUUGCACUCAGUUGUGCCUGUUGCUGGGUUUACACUGAAGGGGUUUGAGAACCGCAGACCUGCUCUCCCUAUUUUAAAUUCCCACACAUGCCUUAUUAAAUGGAUUGGCAGUUUCACAAUAGUUGAGCUUGAUGGAUUGUGCCUCCUUGUUGUUGAUGAUGAUAUACAGAUAUAUAUGUUUAUAUGCCUUGUUGCAAUAAGGGAGACAUGUGCAUUGAAGCAGGCUUCUGUGCACAUAUGCCACGUCUUGGUUUGGGAAACCUGUGGGCAAAUUUGAUGCUCGUCAGAUGAGCCACCUCUUUCUUGCAGGAGAAUGCACUGCCUCAUUCGCUAUCUCAGGCCGCUAUCUGAUCAUGAGAAAUGCCUUGUGGAACAUGACUGCCUCUGGAUUAGGACCACUAUGGGUUUUAUAUGGCAAGUAGAAGAUGAGAGGAAGCGCCCCUUUGCUCUUAGGGGUUUUGCUUCUACACAUUCAUAAAAUUGUUAGACUGCCGAGCGCAUGUUUCAUUCCUAAUUGUACUACCCUUUCUGGCUAUUAGCAUUAUCAUCCUUUUGUUUCUCAGGGGUUUGGUUUUUUGCUAGAAAGUUACAUAUGGGAUCUUGAGGUUGCAUGGAGCUUUAACUUCCAUACAUUGCCAUGCUUACGAAGACCGGUGCUUAAAGCCGUGUUUCAAGUUUAGACUCUGAAGUUAUUGGCAGUGUGAAAUAAAACUUCUAGACAGCCUUUGGUAUUUGGACUAUUGCGUUGCUGUUGAAUCCCAUUAGACAAAGGAGAAACCAACAUCCAUUUUACAUUAGUAAAAUGAGAAUUCGAGGCUGUUGUGCCAUCAAAUUUUAAAACACAAAAAAUAGAAUUACAGCAGGAAAAUCUCAGUGCUUUUAAUUGUAGUAGUCGUAGUCUAAAUAUUUGUCUUGGGCAUUUAGAUAAAAUUCUCUUGUGCAGGAAUGAGCUGUGGUUCCAUCACAGCAUGUGUGCAAUACCUUGGGAUGUGAUUCCUUGAAAGAGUCCUAAAAAUACAGUUUUAGAUGUAAAAGUAGUUCAUUACACCACGAUACAGACAGCAGAUGUUAUGGAGACUAUCCCUGCCUUAGGAGAUCUGUGUUGUGACACAUCGCUUCUGAUAGCCAUUCCUGUGAUUCAUUUAGUCAGCAAGAGCUAUUAAAUAGCCCCUUUCUGUUAUUUUCAUCAUAAGGCAUUCUUUGCCACCCCCCUUUCCCCCAUUCUCCUUGUGGACUUCAUCUACAGUCUUAGAUUCUAGGUCUGUAAGCAGUUUUAGACCAAGUAACCUCUUGGACAUUGCAAUCCUGAAUUUUAAAUUUCUUUAAACUGUCUGCUGGGAUCCUUUUCCUCUUUAGACAUGCUGUGCAUAGCUUUGAGGGUUUAGUAACUUGGAGGUCCCAUGCCAGACCCCUGAGAGGUGCCACUUGUCCCCCAAACGGCAACCUGGAGGGGGGGGGGAAGUGUACAGAAAAUCGAAGAGGGACAUCAGAAUGUGUUGAGUAACCUGUCGCACAAAUUACAGAAACUGGCACACCACGUUUAUUCCUCAGGAAAACAGUUCCAAUCUUUGCAGUUGACGAGCAAAGAUAAAUUGAAUUGUAAAAAGAAGCAAUUUGUAGCAAUUUCACAUGUAUGCUCCAUUAUACCAGCCCUGGGAUCAUUCCUAUCUUAGCAUCAGUAGAGCUCUUUCAAGGCAACAUACAUUUUCAGUUCAGUCACAUGGUAGAAUACUGUACUUCCAGCCAAGGCCAGAUUUAGGUUUGAUGAGGCCCUAAGCUACUGAAGGUGAUGGGGUCCUUUAUAUGUCCAGCUUUCCUUUGCCAACAACAAAUUGUUGCUGUUUUUCUUGUGUUGAAUAUAUACUAUAUGGUAAUUUAUGGACCUAAUAGGUAACUAAAGCCAUUUGCACAUAAAAAAAUGUAUUUUAUCAAAGUUUUUGAUCCAGUACACCCAGUUUAUUUUCCCUUUACAUUUUUUUUGGGGGGGGGGCAAGAGAGUGUGGCCCUAAGCUAUAGCUUGUUUAGCUUAUACAUAAAUCCGGCACUGCUUCCAGCACUGCACCACUUCAGACUGCACAUAAAGGAUUGCAGUUCUGAAUGCUCUCCUCAUACAAAAAUAAAAUAAAAAUAUGCCUGUGUGUACAAGGCUAGCGCAUUGGGAAUAAUGAACAUACAGUACCAUAGCUUUCUCUGGGACAUGCCAGCUUUAUUUACCUGGUUCUUCAUUUAUAAUAAACUCAUGGGAACUUUGGGACUGUUUUUUUAUGUUCCUCCAUCUAAUAAUGGCUAGGGCAUGUCUUAGCUUAGUUUCACUUUUAGUUGUGAACAGUAUGUCUCUGUAAUUUUUCGCCUUUUCAAACGACAAGUAAAAUGAGAAUUUUUCUAUACUCUUAACACCAGUUGGGGCUCCUAAAAAGUUCCUCUUAUGCAACUUUCUUUUUUUAAAAAAUAAAAAAAAUAGUGCCAUUUGACCACAUUGUGCCCAAUAUAUCAAUGCAACAUACCUUUUACUCAUGCUCUGGGAUCUUUUAUUGAAAAACCACUAGAAUUGUGUCUUUUGUGAUUUUUAAAAAUGCAUUAAAAAUUAAGUGUAUCAAUGCAAGUCCAUUACUGAGAGCACAAGAAUUUGAAUGUAAUUACUUGUUAAUAUACAAUAUUUUUGAAAUAACUGGAAUCCUCCCAUUUAUUGUGUGUCUGCUUGUUUGAAAUUGGGCUGUCUGAAAUCUUAAGCUGUCAUCUGGUUUUCUGACUUAAUUUGGGGGGCAGUUUUGUCUGAGGUGGGUUACUGUCAACCUCUUAUUUGUGCAUUGUUUAGCUCAAUUGAUGUUGCCAUAUUUUUGCUUAAAUUCCUGCCUUAUGAGUCAGAUUACACAAGUGAGCAACUGACAGUAAUAUUUGCUCAAUCAUUUUUAUCCCAUGUUUCCUCCAUGGCUAUCAGGGUGCCAUCUCUCCCCCUGCUUGCCAAAUCAACUAUAUCCUUAAAACAUCCUUUGAGGUAAGUUAGGCUGAGAGAGAGUCACUCAGUGAGUUUUAUUGCUGAUCAAGGAAUGGGAGCAAGGCUAUCCCAGUUUGGUGAAGGGCAUAGCUCACUGGCUGAGCUCCUGCGUUGCAUCUGAAAGGUCCCAGGUUCAAUGCCUCUAGUCAGAGUUGAAAAUGCGCGCUACCUGAAACCCUGGAAAGCCAUAGCCAAUCAGUACAGAUAGUACUGAGCUAGAUGCUGACUUGGUAUAAGGCAGCUUCCUGUGUCCUAGUCUGAGACUCUAUUCACUACAUCACAUGGGCUCUCAUUGAGGAUUGACUUUGAUAAUGUCAGACCAGUGCAAUUAUUUACUGUAUAUCUCAUGCACAGAAAACUACUCAACACAACAGAGUCCGACAAGGAUGAGUGUUGUGUUACUUUUACCAGGAGGGAACUGAUGAACCGUACAAGAAAUGACAGUUCAAGGCCUUGAAAAGUUUCAUGUUAAUGUUAGAUUUGCACGUUGUAUUCAAAGAGAACCCCCUGCCUUUGUCAGCCAUGUAUACUUGAAAGUAUGUCUCCUUCGUUGAAAUGGGUACAAUAUUGCUGCCGAAGGAAACAAGAUGGUUUUAUAGUUUUGUAUGCAAUCUGCAUGCAGGUGUUAUAAGUCGUAGUCACAAAGUUUAAAUGAGUGAAGAAAAGCAGCAAGCCGGGGAGAGGGAGAGAGAGAGAGAGAGAGAUGUUUGAUUUCUGUUUGAAUCCAAGGCUGUGGCUAUGGGAGAAACAAGUCCUUCUGAGGUGUUAAUGUUGUGAGCCCCUCCAGCAUAGACACUUCUCACCUUGUUUAUUCAACAUGAUCCAUCCUCAUGCCCUGUAGAAAAAGCUUGAAAAUCAUUCUCUGUUUUUACCAUAAUCUCCCCAUCUACUUAUGCUGGUCUAUGACCGUAAUAAAGAUUUUAUU